UCUUGGCAAAAAGGGUUAGGGUUUAGGUAGUGCUCUCAAUUACUCAUUUAUAACGUGGCGGGAAGCUAAUAAUAGAGUUUAUCCACCAAUUCAAUCAAAUUCUGUGUGAAUUCAUCUUCCCAAAUUUUCGAAGGGCACAAUUCAAUUUACGUCUUUUCAUUCAGCAGAGGAAUCAGCUCUCUUCCUUCCCAAAGUGGAGUUCCAUCUGUUUGUUCAUUGAAGCUAUCUGGUGCAAUCAAAGUUGAUUGAUUUUAUGAGAAUGGCGUUGGACUGAAUCUGAAAAUGUAGCUGAUAUGCUGCAGCAUGAUAAGUCAUCAGUUUAAUUUUUGGGGUUUAUGCAAAAUUUCUGAACUUUCUGUAGAAUGUUCUUUUGUACCCAAGAGAAAAAGAUGGUUUUUUUCGCUGUCCCACUUUAUGAGGAUUUCCACUUCUUGCUGUGCUGCUCAAGAUACUGGUUUCUCAUCAGAUGACAAUGUGCUGCUGGAAUCGUGCGAAUACAGAGAGUUGCAGCAGAGAAUGCAGCGGCAUGCUGCCUCGGGGUGCAUUACCAAAGCCCUCGAGACUCUGAACUUCAUGAGGGAUAAUGUUCUGGGGAUGGUUCAGGUGGCAAUUUCAUUGUUUGUGAAGAUUUCAGGAAAGGGAUACUUUUGUGGGGGGAUUAUUUAUAAUCCCAUACUCUGGGCUUUAUGUAAAUCCAGUAAAACUUUUGUCGCAUUAGCAUUUUUUGGUUUCUUAGAAAAGAAGGGAUUCGUGCGAUCUGUUUACUCUUAUACUGCGUUGGUUUAUGGUUUUAGUAAGGAUAGGCUGUGGCGUGAAGCUUUUUUCUGUUUAGAGGAAAUGGAAAAUGUUGGUUGUAAGCCUAGUCUGGUCACUUAUACAGUACUUAUUAAGUUUCUCUGUGAUGACGGGAAAAUUGAUGUGGCACUGAACCUUUUGGGAAAGAUGGAAGAGAGCGGAUAUAACCCUGACUUAGUUGUAUACAACAUAGUUCUCCGUGAGUUUUGCACUCAAGGUAGAGUAGAUGAUGCUUAUGAUCUUAUUCAACUUAUUGAUCAAAAGGGCUUGUCACCUGACAUGUAUACUCAUGCCGCAUUAGCUGGAGGCAUGUUGAAAAGGGGCAAUGUAGAGUUCGUCAAUAAGUUGUUGCUCAAUAUUAUACUAAGGCACUGCUCUGUAGAUACUGCCGUUUACAACAUAUAUCUGCAUUCCAUGUGUUGUGAUAGUAAUUCUGGAGAAGCUUUGUCCUUGAUGCAGAGUGUGAUGGAAAAGGGUUUUAGACCUACUAAUAGAUCAUACAACAUAAUUCUUAAGGGAUUGUGCAAAGAGAGAAAUUUUUAUGAAGCUUUCAAGUUAUUUGAUUGUAUCUUGUGGCCUAGCAAUGGCCCUGAUUUGAUUUCCUUGAAUACUGUUUUGUCUGCUGCAUGUAAACUAGGAAAUUCAGCCAUUGUUCAGAGAAUUUUGUGGCAGAUGGAACAUGAAGGAAUAAAACUUGACGUUGUGAGCUUAACAUCUCUGAUUCAGUAUUAUUGUACAGUUGGCAAAAUAACAGACUGCUUAAAGCUCGACAUGAAUGUGGAUGAACGUGAACCUAAUGAAGCUUCUUAUAAACCAUUGAAAGAAGCAGUUAAAGAGUUGGAUGAAAGAAUUCGGGUAAUAAGCAGCCCUCGACUGGGUGAAACAAUCCGCGCAUGGGGCAGCAUCCCCGAAGGAUCCAAACAGGAGAAGGGUAGCUGUAAGAAGACCGAAUACAAGCUGUUAAUUAUGAAGCUAAAGAUCAGAGCAAAGAUAUUGAAAUGUUAG